AUGUCUCAUUGGAUCUGCUGUAACGCGUGUUUCACAUCAUCCGGCCCUGAGCGUCAGAUGGCGGUCACGAGCUGCGGUCACAUCAUCUGCAAUGUGUGCUUUCAAAGAGGAAAGCAAAAUUUGUGUCUGAUUUGCAAAGCAAAAUGUCAGAUCUCUCCACUUUCUGAUAAAAGCUGCUCAGACGUUUUUUCAGAUAUCAGUUCAGUUGCAGUCAAGUACUUCUCAGAGAUAAGCAAGGUCUUACAAUUCCAGGGCAAACACCAGAAAAGAUUGCUGGCCCACUAUCAGCAGACGAUUGAAAGAAUGAAGGAAGAAGGACUGAAAAUGCAACAAGAGAUGCAGAAGAUGUCUAAGAAAAUAGCAGAACAGAAUGCCUACAUAUCAAAGCUAGAGACGACUGUUCAAAAUCAAAGUUCAAGACUGGCAUUACAGUCCAGCCGAGAUUUACCAUCAGCAAGUCUAAGACCAGCUUCAUCAGUGACAAAAAUCCCCUUUUGUUCUCCACUCUCACUGUCACGAUCCUUAUCCAAUGCUAGCCUAGCUGAGAGUACAGAAAUGGACAGCAGGGGACACUCUCACAAAACGGAUGGAUUGAGCAGAAUAUGUCUCAGAAGCUCACCGCAAAACUGCCGCAUAGGGUUCAUAGCGCUUCUGACAUCUCCAAAGCUGCACUCUUUUCACAAUGAUAUCACCAAUCCAUUGAUACAAUCUGGCUGUAUACUUUGUUCUGCAAUGAAUGGUCUCUUCCAUUUAGGUUCAGUUCCUCACAGAGCAUCAAGUCAGAGCACUCUGGGUAACCAUUCAGUGCCAUUCAGUGCCACUGUCAGUGGUCUACGGGAGCCCAGGAUCAGUCCAUCCCAAAAUGUGCCCUACCGCAGUGAGUCGCCAUGGGAAACGCCAGUGUUCAAACUCCCCUCGGUCUUCAAAUUUUCAUCAGUGUCCUCUCUGGGACCCCCUUCGUGACAUACACUCCAGUCCAGAAGCAACACAGCUAAUCACAUCUCAGACUAUUAUUAUAUGUCACAAACCUGCGCUAUUUUUACCAGAUACGCUUUGGAAAAAGACUUCAGGGCUAUUAAUGUGAUCUGCAUGCAGGCCUCUAGUCACUGCAGCGCUGACCUGUAACUGACUCUUCAAUGAACAUCUGUGCUCUCGUUUCCAUAAAUGUUCCUGUGUUUCGUAGCGAUUAAUCACAGACCCUCGUUGAAUGGUUUGUGAGUGUGAAUUUUAAUAUGCCCCCUUUCCCCCCCUCAUGACUCGCAUUUUGUCAGCAGCAUGUGCUGUU